AUGAGGAGGAGGGUCCAAUUAGAAAAUAGCCUCCCAAUCCCAUGACCAUCCGUCGGCCUCUCCUUUUCUCUCUCAAAUUCAUCUUCACAAAACAAAUCCCCAAUCCAAAACCCUAGCCUCUCUUCCUCUCGGUGGAUCUCGACGGCUUCUAUCAAAGGUGUAGGUGCUGGAUGGGUUUAUUGAUGCUGAUACUUUGAUAAUUAAAGCUCAAGUUCAGGUUAUCAGGUAUAAUUCGAAGGUAUGGAGAAAUAUUUUGGAAAAAGACCAAGAUUUUUGGAUUCUUGUCCAGAACUAGAAGCACAUAUUGCUGAAGAAAAUUUGAUGGAGAAUGAUGAUAUAAAUGAAAGUGAAAUCAAGGCUGAUCCUGGUUUGCGAAAACCAAUUGCAGAAUAUGGUGUGAAUAUCCGGGAUCGUAUUCGUAGAGAAUAUGUAGCAAAAGGCCCUUGUCAACCAAAGGGUAAUAUUUUUCAAAAAACGCGUCAAGGAAAAGAUAAUAGGAGUUUUAGAGAUGCUUGGUACAAAGAUUAUGAUUGGCUAGAAUAUAGUGAAUCGAAACAUGCCGCAUAUUGCUUUUACUGUUUUCUUUUCAAGCGUGGUUAUGUGGCACCGGGAGAUGAAGCCUUCACUAGUUGUGGUUUUUCUAAUUGGAAAAAAGCACUAGAAAAAUUCAAGGCACAUGUUGGGGAUAAAAGUAGUGCACACAACAAAGCAAGGAUAGAAUAUGAAAAUUUUGUCAAUCAAAGGCAAAGUGUGACUUAUGUUGUAAGUAGAGGUAUGACAACAAAAGAAAAGGAAUAUCGAAUUCGAUUGACUGCAACUGUUGAUGUAGUUCGUUUUCUUUUGAUUCAAGGUUUGCCUUUUAGGGGACAUGACGAGUCAUCAACUGGACCAAACAUAUAGAGAUCUAUAUUCAUUUUGUUCGCGAUAUGGUGCAAAGAAAGGAAUUGGAUAUGGUACAGAGAGAUCUUCGUCUUGUUCCGACUUAUGAUCAAAUAGCUGAUAUUUUUACAAAACCUCUCAGUUACCAAUUCUUCUCGAAGCUGAGGAACAAACUCGGAGUUUGUCCUCUGUCUUCUCUCGAAUUGAGGGGAAGUGUUGGACGACUUGCUGUCUUGAAGGAGUUGGAAGAUCAGAUGUGCAAUGCAGCAAAUGAGUUGGCAGUUAGAAAAGUAAUGGAUGAAGAUCGUGAACAGUUAAAAUAGUUAUGGAUGAAGAUUGUGGCAGCAGUUAGAAUAGUCAUGGAACGCGUUCUUGUUUAGCAUAGUAUAUAUGUGUAUUCAUGUAAUGUAAUUGAUCAUCUUCUGUAAAAUAUU